CACACAAAAAACACACACACAUAACUUCAAAAGUAUUUGUAAUAAAAUUCUUAAAACAGGAUUAGUAAUUUUUUAAAAAAAUGGCCAUGGUGGUUCAGCACCAGCAUCAUACUGAGAUGAACAACAAUAAUAGUAUUACAAAGCAUCAGUUGGAUAAUGGAAAAUAUGUAAGGUAUACAACUGAGCAAGUUGAAGCUUUGGAAAGAGUUUAUGCAGAAUGCCCAAAACCUAGUUCUCUAAGAAGACAACAAUUGAUCAGAGAAUGUCCUAUUUUGUCCAACAUUGAACCUAAACAAAUCAAAGUUUGGUUUCAAAAUAGAAGAUGUCGAGAAAAGCAACGAAAAGAGUCUUCACGGUUACAGACUGUAAACAAGAAGCUAUCUGCCAUGAACAAGUUAUUAAUGGAGGAAAAUGACAGAUUGCUGAAACAAGUGUCUCAGCUAGUAUGCGAAAAUGGUUAUAUGCGCCAGCAGUUGCACACUGGUUCAGCAGCCACGGAUGCAAGCUGUGAAUCCGCGAUCACCACUCCCCAGCAUUCUACGAGAGAUGCUAACAACCCGGCUGGACUACUCUCGAUUGCAGAGGAGACCUUAGCAGAGUUCCUAUCUAAGGCUACAGGAACUGCUGUUGAUUGGGUCCAGAUGCCUGGGAUGAAGCCUGGUCCGGAUUCGGUUGGGAUCUUUGCUAUUUCACAGAGUUGCAGUGGAGUGGCAGCUAGAGCCUGCGGUCUUGUAAGUUUAGAGCCCACAAAGAUUGUAGAGAUCCUAAAAGAUCGUCAAGCUUGGUUCCGUGACUGCCGUAAUAUAGAAGUUUUCACAAUGUUUCCUGCCGGGAAUGGGGGCACAAUUGAACUUGUAUAUACACAGAUCUUUGCUCCUACAACACUGGCUCCUGCGCGGGACUUCUGGACGUUAAGAUACACUACCAGUUUAGAAAACGGAAGUCUUGUGGUGUGUGAGAGAUCCCUAUCUGGUUCCGGUGCAGGCCCGAACCCAGCUGCUAUUACUCAGUUUGUAAGAGCGGAAAUGCUACCGAGUGGUUACCUUAUUCGCCCUUGUGAAGGUGGUGGUUCCAUUAUACAUAUAGUGGAUCACCUAAACCUUGAGGCUUGGAGUGUGCCGGAGGUUCUGCGUUCACUUUAUGAAUCUUCCAAAGUUGUAGCCCAAAAGAUGACCAUCGCAGCAUUGCGUUAUCUUAGACAAAUAGCCCAGGAGUCAAGUGGGGAGGUAGUUUAUGGACUGGGAAGACAACCGGCUGUUUUGAGAACUUUAAGUCAAAGAUUAAGCAGAGGCUUCAACGAUGCCAUAAAUGGAUUUAGUGACGAUGGGUGGUCGUUGAUGAACUGUGACGGUGUUGAAGAUGUGAUCGUUGCAGUAAAUUCAACCAAGAGUCUGACCAAUUCUAUUAAUACCUCCAAUUCCCUGUCCUACCUUGGAGGGAUUCUUUGUGCAAAGGCCUCGAUGCUUUUUCAAAAUGUGCCUCCAGCAGUGCUGGUUCGCUUUUUAAGAGAGCAUCGGUCAGAGUGGGCUGACUUUAAUGUUGAUGCUUAUUCUGCUGCAUCGGUUAAAGCCAACUCAUGUUCAUAUCUGGGAAUGAGACCCACACGUUUCACCGGUAGCCAAAUUAUCAUGCCUCUUGGCCACACAAUUGAACAUGAAGAAAUGCUUGAAGUUGUAAGGCUUGAAGGUCAUGCACUUGGACAAGAGGAUCCAUUUAUGUCAAGAGAUAUUCAUCUCUUGCAGCUAUGCAACGGAAUUGAUGAAAAUGCAGUUGGAGCUUGUUCCGAACUUGUUUUUGCUCCAAUAGAUGAGAUGUUUCCUGAUGAUGCUCCUCUUGUACCCUCUGGAUUUCGUAUAAUUCCAUUGGAACCAAAAUCAGGUGAUGCUAAGAAUGCGAUGGUAAACACCCAUAGAACGCUUGACCUAACUUCUAGUCUGGAUGUGACCCCUAUGCCUAACAAUGGCUCGACCGACAUGUCAACUUGUCAAACCACAAGAUCUGUGUUGACUAUCGCCUUCCAGUUUCCUUUUGAAAGCAACCUUGCUGAAAGUGUGGCAACAAUGGCUCGACAAUAUGUUCGUAGUGUGAUCAAUUCUGUUCAGAGAGUUGCGAUGGCCAUAUCCCCUUCUGGUUUGAGCCCUUGUGUAGGUCCCAAACCAUCUCCUAGCUCACCUGAAGCACUGACUUUAGCUCAAUGGAUUUGCCAGAGCUACACGUAUCAUUUAGGAGCAGAUUUACUAAGCUCGGGUUCGGUUGUUGGUGACGUGUUACUAAAAGAUCUUUGGCAACAUCAGGAUGCCGUUUUGUGUUGUUCUUUGAAGUCAUUGCCAGUUUUCAUAUUUGCAAAUCAAGCAGGGCUUGACAUGUUGGAGACAACUCUUGUGUCAUUACAGGACAUCACAUUAGACAAACUGUUCGAUGAAUCUGGACGAAAGGCUCUCGUUCCAGAAUUUUCCAAGAUUAUGCAACAGGGAUAUACGCAUUUACCUGGUGGGAUUUGUAUGUCAGCAAUGGGACGUCAUAUAUCAUAUGAACAUGCCAUAGCAUGGAAAGUUCUUGCAGCGGAGGAAAGUACUGUCCAUUGCCUUGCUUUUUCUUUUGUUAACUGGUCAUUUGUGUAACAUGCUUCCCAUUCUUUGCCCAUUGGUGAAGUCCAGUAAAAAUGUUCAAAUAUAAGUAAUCAAAAAUGGUUAAAAGAUGUUCAGGAUUUGGGCGGUCAUCUUUUUGUAUGAACUUUGAAGCCUUGGUUAUUUAUUCCAAUGGUGCCAUUUUUCCUUGA